AUGCUUGUGUUCUCGGUUCACACGAGAAUAGAUUUACGCGCAGCUAUUCGAAACACGUGGGGAAGCGUAGUCGAAAAUGGUUCUUGGCCUGUAAGCGGAAGUAUCGGAAGAAGUGUAAAAUUGUUGUUCCUGUUUGGAAGGUCCGACUCAAGCCUUGGUAACACCGUUGUCAGGGAGGAAAGUGCGCUGUACGGUGACAUUGUGCAAGGAGACUUCCGGGAAUCCUAUUACAACCUGACAUUGAAAUCGGUCAUGGGAAUCCGAUGGGUGGCUCUGUACUGCCCUAAGGCUAAGUUUAUACUUAAGGCGGACGACGAUGUGUUUAUUCACGUUAAGAACCUAAUAGAUUUUCUGGAAAUAGAUAACAAUAGACCACAAGAAGCGAUAUAUGGUCGCGAACUAAAGAAAGGUGUUGUUCAUAGAACAGGGCGAUGGGCAGUGGACAAAGCAGCGUUUUCACUCAAUGAAUAUCCAACAUACGUUCCAGGCAAUUCGUAUGUUGUUUCUGGAAGCAUCGCUGCGCGCAUUGAUUUUAUUGCCGGGGUUUUGCCAUACAUAAAUAUCGAAGACGCUUUUGUAACGGGUAUCAUUAGAAAGAUAUUGGGCAUUAAGAUCGUGAAUGGUGUGGGGUUUACUCACUGGUACGAAAAGCAACCCAAGCCGUGUGAAUUCCACAACAAGGUUCGCAUUUCCGCUACGAAGGUCACCGAGGGGCUUCUCUACGAGUUGUGGGAAGGCUUGAAGAGGAAUAUAACGGACUGUUAUGUCAUACCUAAAGACGAGUCAGGUCGGAUGGGGUUGGGAAAUAUUGGGUUCCGGAACAAUAUUAUGUUUCGAGAUGACCACGUGUUUCUGAACCGAUCGUCCGGCCAGUUUUAUGUCUUGUAA